AUGACCUCAAUGAGAAACCAGUGGUACAACAACGCUGACCUUUUGAACUUGGAGAGUACCGAGGCGGCAGAUGUGGACUUCACCGGAAAUCUAAACACAGUCCUUGAUCCUGGCUUUGAGGCCAAGAAUUACGACAAUCUUAAUAGUACUCUCGCGGAUACUGACCUGGGAAAACAUUUCUCUAGCAAUUAUGAAGACAUUGACGAAUUUCUCACUCAGGAACUGAAAGAUUUGGAUAUUCCUAUGAUACCCCAGAACUUUACGUCACAAACUGAGAUUGGAUACCAUGCUGGGUACGACGCGGUCUGGAACCGCGAAAAUGAACGUGCCGCUGACACUCCCAGAAAAUCACACAAGCGUGGCCCCAGCGGAACUGCGAUUUUUGGGUUUGCAAACCAUAAUAAACAGCUAAGUCUUUCAAAAAUCGGAAGUGAGGACUUCGUCCCUGAUGGGAGUUGCUACGCAGAUCAAUCCUCUAGCGACGACCCUCGCCAGCUCGAAAAGGAUUAUAACUCGCAUGGGAGCAGCUUAAAUACAUUGAUUUUGAAACAGCAGGAAGAAUUGAGGUUAGCAUUGGAAAGACAACAGCAUAUGAAUUCGCAGCUAGAAAAACAGUUGAGAUCCAGUCAGCAGCAACAGCAGCAGCUCCAAAUGGCUCUCGAGGAGCAAGCUAUUGCAGCUAAACAUAUAUCUUUGAGCAGGUCCCCAAUGAAAACUCCAUCAUCAAGAACAUCGCAGCCAGACGAGAAGAAUAUUAUUGUCACUAGCAACAGUAAGAAUGGUGUUUACAAAUUUCCGCCACCUCCAGAGAUUCGCGAUCAAAAUGGAGUAAUUUCGCCCGUUUCAGGAACCUCCGUCAACGGCUCUCCCUGCCGCAAGAGUCAGCAAAAUUCAAAAAGUCGUUUGCUGCACUUAAAUGGCCAUACUAGCUAUAGCGACAGCGGUGACGACUACUCCAGUCCAGAGAAUAUCUUUGGAUUAGUCAAUAAUAAGCCUCAGAUCUCCACGGACACCGUCGAAAGGAUGAGCAAGUACUUUGAGAAGAUGAACGGUCAGCGCAUUAAUGGACAAGAUCGUACCAACGCCAAAAAUCCGAUAACGCCACAACAACAGAUAGUGAUUGGCCCAGGAAUUUCUGCGUCAUCAUCGCCGCGUGCCGUUGGUCGCCAUGCGGCCAAGGAAUCAAUUGCGUCGAGCGCCUCGACAAUACCACAGCUUCACGAGGAAGACGAUCGCAAUAAUAUAGGACAGGGUCCACAUGGAGCAGUUGGCUUGGGAAUUCAAAUGAAUCCAAAAUCUCAGUCCAAAUUUUCCCUCAAUAAACCCCCGCCUUUGGAUCUUUUGCCUACUAUACCAGGUUCUUCUGACAACACACCAAUGAACAAGAUGUUUUCCACCGGAAUGGAUCGAAGUGCCUUCCCGCAGAAGCAUGUUUUCCAGCAUACCCCAGUUAAAAAUUCAGUGAACCCCUCCGCAAUGGGUCAAUCUCAGCGUAGAUCGCCUCCCUCUAGACCCAUUUUCAAAUCGUUGAAAGAAGAUUUGAAGCCACCUACUGACGAACUUGACCAAUACGAGGGCGAUGACUACGAAGAUGAAGAGCCUGAAAGCGAAUUUAAUGUCGCUCAAUCUCUCUCGCCAAUAUUAAAGUCCCAAGGAAGGUUCGAAGGAUCAAGCCCAUGCAUAAGUCAUGCUAAUUCUGAUGAAAACAAGUAUCCUUAUAAUCUUGCUGAUCAUGACCAGGUAGAGCGAGAGCAUGAUCUACAACAUCUAAAUCUAUCGAAAAUUACAAAGAAACCAACAACACUGCCACCGGGAGAAAUUGACCGCUAUGUGCUAGAGUUAUCAGAUAAGACAUUCAAAUGUCUUUUCCCCAACUGUGGCAAGACAUUUAGGCGUCGCUAUAAUAUCCGCUCGCACAUACAAACGCAUUUAGAAGACAGGCCCUAUAUCUGCGAUUACGAAGGAUGCAAUAAAGCAUUUGUACGAAAUCAUGACUUGAUAAGGCAUAAAAAGAUACAUGCAGAGAAAUCCUUCAUAUGUCCUUGUGGUAAAAAGUUUGUCAGGGAAGAUGCCCUCAUUGUUCACCGCAGUAGAAUGAUAUGCGAAGGUGGGAAGAAGUUCAACAAUGUAGUAAUAAAGAAAUCACCUAGAAGGCGAGGACGGCCCAGAAAAGACGGUACUUUUAGCGGUGCCAGUAGCCCGGUAAAAGAAUCCAUAGCUCAUGGAGAUGGUUUAGUUGCCAUGCAAAUGGAGGAACAGCUUCGAAAGGAACUAAUAAAGAAUGGCUUACUGGCCACAUCCUACUCCGUUGACAACUUCAAUAGGGCUUCUGAUGAGGUAUAUACAGGUAGAUAA